AUGCUAAUCUUCAUAAAGAAGACCAUUACAUUGGAUGUGGAAUCAUCUGAUUCCAUUGAAAAUGUUAUGGCCAAGAUCCAAGACAAAGAAGGUAUCCCACCGGAUCAACAAAUUUUGCUCUUUGCCAGUAAUCAACUUGAUAAAGGGCGCACACUUUCUAACUACAAUAUUCACAAUGGAUCUACCCUUGACUUGGUGCUGCGUCCUAAUGAUGAAAUACGAAUCUUCAUAAAAAAUCGGUUCGAGGAAAAGAACUUUGAAUUGAAAGUAAAUACGUCAGAUACCAUUGAAAUUGUAAAGGCCAAGAUCCAUGAAAAACUAGCUACAUCUUUUUGGAUGGCAGACCAAAUACGAUUAUUCUAUCACGGUCGUCUUAUUGCAGACAGUUGCACAGUAUCCGAGUGCAACAUCCGAGAGGAUUCUAUCCUUAUAUUGGAGAAUCGUUUGUUAGGUGAUUGA